AUGGUCUACCACCUCGCCGUUUUUUCAGUCUCCAAUAUUUACUUCGACUCUAGAGUCGGACUCCUGCUGUCGUUUGACGAAAUCGGCGAAUUCGGGGACAAGAGUCACCGUGACAUCUACGACCGAUGCCACUGGGUCGUCCGCGAUAUCCUCGCCCGGUGGGCACGAGGGGCACAUGUCGCCGAGCGCAAUGGUAGCGAUAUCAGUAUCCUCAGUCGCCAUUGUCGGAGUCGCCUUCGUUUCCCUUGUUUGGUGUCGCGUGUCGCGGCGCAAGAGAAGGAGGAGGAGGAAGAACAGAGGCGCAACCGCAAGGGCAAUCAGGUUGCAGCCAAGUACAACGAUUAUGGAUGA